AUGACAGCAAAAGAUUCUUCUAGGGAACUUGGUGCUCCGGAGACUGAUAUUUAUAUAAAGACUUUCAAAGAACAAAUGCAUUUAGAACUUGAGCUGCCCAGAGUGUCCGGGAACAGAACCACUUCUCCGAAAAUAUCUCCCCGCAGUUCUCCAAGGAACUCUCCAUGCUUUUUCAGAAAGUUGCUGGUGAAUAAAAGCAUCCGUCAACGUCGACGUUUCACAGUGGCACAUACAUGCUUUGAUGUUGAAAAUGGCCCCUCACCUGGUCGUAGCCCACUUGAUCCUCAGGCUGGCUCUUCUUCAGGGCUUGUGCUCCACACCACAUUUCCAGGGCAUAGCCAACGUAGAGAGUCAUUUCUUUAUCGGUCGGACAGUGACUAUGACCUGUCACCAAAGACCAUGUCACGGAAUUCUUCUGUUCCAAGUGAACAACAUGGGGAUGACCUGAUAGUGACACCAUUUGCGCAGGUCUUGGCAAGUUUAAGAAGUGUAAGAAAUAAUUUUACAAUACUGACUAAUCUGCAGGGAACAUCAAACAAGAGGUCUCCAGCAGCAAGUCAGCUACCCAUCUCCAAAGUAAACAUUCAAG